UUGUGAUUCAGCUCAUGCGGGUUUCCGGGAGCCCCUGGAUGUGGGCGGGAGAGUGCGAGCACGAGAAACUCCGCUGCCCGCGCGCUCCCCGGUCGGUGCCCGUCGUCUCGCGCCGUGACGUCACAGCGGCAUGAGCUGUCCCCGCCGCGCUGGUGCUGAAAACAAGAUGGCUGUGCGCGUGCGAGCCGGGGACUGACGACCAAAGCUUUCUCGAGAAGUCCCGAGCGGAAACGAGAAACCAGCACGGCUGAGAGGAGAAACUAACCCCGGAAGCUUUUGAGCUGAAAAUCCUCUCACCUUUUUCUUUAUAUAUAUAUAUAUGUACAUAUAUAUAUAUACAAAAGGCGUCGGGGCAGGACUGUGUGUGUGUGCGUGUGCGUGCGUGCGGGGCGUGUGUAAACCGGACAUCACCGAAUCACGGCACGUCCAGGCUGUCCCGUUCUCGACCGGCGAUCUGCUAGAGGACAGUGGAGGACAACAAAAACACACCGAGACUCUGAGGAGCGAUGUCACUUCUGUGUGUUGGGGUGAAGAAAGCCAAGCUCGAUGGACCCCAAGAGAAGUUUAACACGUAUGUGAGUCUGAAGGUUCAGAAUGUUAAGAGCACGACGAUUGCAGUGCGGGGCAACCAGCCGAGCUGGGAGCAGGACUUCAUGUUUGAGAUAAACCGGCUGGAUCUGGGUUUGACGGUGGAGGUGUGGAAUAAAGGUCUGAUCUGGGACACCAUGGUGGGCACCGUCUGGAUCCCGUUGCAGAGCAUCCGUCAAUCAAAUGAAGAGGGUCCAGGGGAGUGGCAGACUCUGGACUCCCAGGUCAUCAUGGACGAUAAUGAGAUCUGUGGUACCAAAGACCCAACGUUUCACCGGGUGCUGCUCGACACUCGCUUCGAACUGCCACUGGAUAUCCCUGAAGAGGAAGCUCGCUACUGGGCUAAGAAACUCGAACAGCUCAAUGCCAUGAGAGACCAGGAUUACUCAUACCAGGAGCAGCAGGAGAGGCCACUUCCUAUUCCCGCGAGCCAAUGCUGUAACUGGAAUUUGUGGGGAGAACAGCAGAAUGAAGACCCAGAUAGUGCAGUGGAUGACCGGGACAGUGAUUACCGCAGUGAGACAAGUAACAGCAUCCCACCACCGUUCUAUAGCACAUCACAGCCCAACGCCUCCGUCCACCAAUACCCCAUGGGUCAGCAGCAUCGCACCAACCGAGCCACUUACACCCGUUCUAUUCACAGCUGUGACAUCAUCGACUACGACCACCAGAGAGCAAUCAGUCCGACAGGAAGCUAUGCAUCAUCAGCAGAGUUGAGCCACUGUAGCUCACAGCUAAGUGAAGAAGAGUAUGGUGAGCGGGAGCUGUAUGACGAGAAUGACUCCUACCACUCAUGCCACUCAUCCGUCUCCUACAGCAAAGGCUCUCCUGACUGGGAACCAGACGAGACAACAGGUGCCUACAGUGAUGAGGGUGCCUACAGUAAAGAUGGUGGCGAGGAAGGUGCCCUUUAUGAAGAUGGUGGCCCAUAUGCUGAAGAUGCUGACUUAUAUGAGGGUGAAGAGGAUGACUUCAACUAUAAUGAUGAAGAUCUGUGCCCUAUUGAUGAGGCUCUCAGCGAAGAUCAGGAGCCUCCAUACACCCCGACCCCUACCAGCACUGCACCCAAACUGGCUGUGCCAUCAACCUCCAGGCCACCACUGGAGAAACAGGCAUCCCUGCAUCAGCAACCACCAACACAGCAGGUGCCACAGGGCCAGAAUGCAAACCAGAUGGCCAGUCCAGCUCCUACACAACCAACAAAUCAAGCUCCUACUCAACCACCACCAACCAAUCAAGCUCCAAACAAACCCAAUCAAACACAGCAGCAGGCCAGGCCACCUCUCCAGCAACAGCAUUCUACAGGUCCCAUCCCAUCUGUCCAGUCCUUCUUUGCUAUGGCUAAACCUCUAACUGCUGUUUUUGGGUUGGGUGGAUCUAUGUCAAUGUCCUCACCGCCUCCUGCACCCACACCCCAACCCCAAAGACCACAACCACAACCUGCAGCAUCUCAGCCCCAAGCUGCACCAGUCCAACCUCCGGCUUCUGGAAUCCAACAAACAGCUCCAACCACAGCCAAACCCACAGAAUCCCCAACCCAGACUCCCACAACCAAUGCUCAACCUUUAUCCCCUGUUACCAAACCAACCACACCAACAGAGGAAACACAGGUCAUUGAGGAACCACCAGUGCAAGAGCAGCCACCUUCAAAAGAUGAGGAAAUUCCAGUAGAAGGGUCUCCACUGGAGGAAAAAGAGAGAGAGAUCACCCCUCCAACAACACCACCAGAGGAGAUGGAACUAGAGCCUGAUCCAGACAGAGAGCCAGAAGUUGAGGAGGUGAAGGAGCCAGUAGACCCAGCAGUACGAGCUAAAGAGAACUGGUUACGGCUCUUCAACAAGGUCCGACAGCAGCUGCAGGAGGAACGGGGAGAAACAGAUUCUCAGUCUUUUUGGUUUGGAAAGGGCGGAAUGGGAGGAGCUUUGUACAGCAUAGACAGCAUGCCUGACCUACGCAAGAGGAAAGCCAUCCCACUAGUCCGGGACCUGGCUAUGUCUUUGGUUCAGAAUUCUCGUAAAGCCGGAAUCACAUCUGCUAUGGCAUGUAGCACACUCAACAAUGAGGAACUGAAGAGUCAUGUGUAUAAGAAGGCCCUCCAGGCUCUGAUCUACCCCAUCUCCUGUACGACUCCUCACAACUUUGAGGUGUGGACAGCCACUACACCCACCUACUGUUACGAGUGUGAGGGGCUGCUGUGGGGUAUCGCCCGUCAGGGCAUGCGCUGCACAGAGUGCGGGGUCAAAUGCCACGAAAAGUGCCAGGACCUCCUCAAUGCCGACUGCCUACAGAGAGCUGCCGAGAAGAGCUCUAAGCACGGGGCAGAGGACCGCACUCAGAACAUCAUCAUGGUCCUGAAGGACCGCAUGAAGAUCCGCGAACGCAACAAACCCGAGAUCUUCGAGCUCAUCCAGGAGGUGUUCGGUGUGGCCAAGACAACCCAUGGCACCCACAUGAAGCAGAUCAAGCAGAGCGUACUCGACGGGACGUCCAAAUGGUCGGCCAAGAUCAGCAUCACAGUGGUCUGUGCUCAAGGACUGCAGGCCAAGGAUAAGACAGGCUCCAGUGAUCCUUACGUCACGGUCCAGGUGGGCAAGACCAAGAAAAGGACCAAGACCAUCUAUGGCAACCUCAAUCCUGUGUGGGAUGAGAGUUUCCACUUCGAGUGCCACAACUCAUCCGAUCGCAUAAAGGUGCGAGUGUGGGACGAAGACGAUGACAUUAAAUCUCGCGUGAAACAGAGGUUCAAAAGAGAGUCUGAUGACUUCUUGGGCCAGACCAUCAUCGAGGUCCGGACUCUCAGUGGAGAAAUGGACGUGUGGUACAACUUGGACAAGCGCACAGAUAAAUCGGCCGUGUCUGGAGCCAUCCGCAUGCACAUCAGUGUGGAAAUUAAAGGAGAGGAGACAGUGGCUCCAUACCAUGUCCAGUACACCUGCCUACAUGAGCACCUAUUCCACUACACCACUGAAGAGCAGAACGGCGGCGUGGUGAAGAUUCCUGACGCUAAAGGAGACGACGCCUGGAAAGUCUAUUUUGAGGAGACAGCGCAGGAGAUCGUGGACGAGUUUGCCAUGAGAUACGGAGUGGAGUCCAUCUACCAAGCCAUGACGCACUUUGCAUGUUUGUCAUCUAAGUACAUGUGUCCUGGUGUGCCAGCUGUGAUGAGCACCCUGCUGGCCAACAUCAAUGCUUACUACGCCCACACAACGCAGUCCUCCAACAAUGUCUCCGCCUCAGACCGCUUCGCCGCCUCCAACUUCGGGAAAGAGAGGUUUGUGAAGCUACUGGACCAACUCCAUAACUCUCUGAGAAUCGACCUUUCUAUGUACAGGAAUAAUUUCCCUGCUAGCAGUCCUGAGCGUCUGCAGGAUCUAAAGUCAACUGUGGAUCUACUCACUAGCAUCACCUUCUUCAGGAUGAAGGUCCAAGAGCUGCAAAGUCCUCCUCGAGCCAGUCAGGUGGUUAAGGAUUGCGUGAAGGCCUGUCUGAACUCUACAUAUGAGUACAUCUUCAACAACUGCCAUGAGCUCUACAGUCGGGAAUAUCAGACAGAUGCGUCUAAGAGUGUUCCUCCAGACGAGCAGGGCCCCAGCAUCAAGAACCUGGACUUCUGGUCCAAACUCAUUACCCUUAUCGUUUCCAUUAUAGAAGAGGACAAGAACUCUUACACACUCUGCCUCAACCAGUUUCCUCAGGAGCUGAACGUUGGGAAGAUCAGCGCUGAGGUUAUGUGGAACAUGUUCGCUCAGGAUAUGAAGUAUGCCAUGGAGGAGCACGAGAAGCACCGGCUGUGUAAGAGUGCAGAUUACAUGAACCUUCACUUCAAAGUCAAGUGGCUAUACAACGAGUACUGCAAAGAGCUGCCAUGCUUCAAAGGCUGCGUGCCCGAGUACCCUACGUGGUUUGAACCAUUUGUGAUCCUUUGGUUGGAUGAAAAUGAGGAAGUGUCCAAGGACUUCUUGAAUGGUGCCCUGGUGAGGGAUGCAAAGGACGGGUUCCAGCAGACGUCAGAGCAUGCCCUGUUCUCCUGCUCGGUGGUUGACGUUUUCUCUCAGCUGAAUCAGAGUUUUGAGAUUAUCCGGAAGCUGGAGUGUCCUGACCCUCAGAUUGUUGGCAACUAUAUGAAGAGAUUUGCCAAGACUAUUGGGACUGUACUUCUGUCUUACGCUGACAUCAUUGCCAAGGAUUUUCCCAACCACUGCAAUAAGGAGAAAGUGCCUUGCAUCAUCAUUAAUAACAUCCAGCAGCUCCGGGUGCAGUUGGAGAAGAUGUUUGAGGCCAUGGGAGGCAAAGACCUGAACGUGGAGGCCAGUGACUUCCUGAAGGAGCUGCAGGUCAAACUGAACAACGUGAUGGACGACCUGAGCAGGAUCUUUGCGGUCAGUUUCCAGCCUCACAUUGAGCAGAAUGUGAAACAGAUGGGCGACAUCCUGAGCCAGGUAAAGGGCGCUAACGUUCCUGCCAAUGGAAAUGGCAGCCUCGCACAGGACGCUGACAAUGUGCUUCAGCCCAUCAUGGAAUUCCUGGACAGCAAUUUGACAUUGUUUGCAAAGAUCUGUGAGAAGACAGUGCUGAAGCGGGUCCUCAAGGAGCUGUGGAAGUUGGUCAUGAACACUAUGGAGAAAACCAUUGUUCUGCCCCCACUUACUGACCAAACAGGCACACAGCUCAUCUUCAGCGCUGCUAAAGAGCUGGGCCAGCUCUCCAAGCUAAAGGAGCACAUGGUGCGAGAGGAAGCCAAGGCACUCACCCCCAAACAGUGUGCAGUUAUUGAGCUGGCACUGGACACCAUAAAGCAAUACUUCCAUGCUGGUGGUGUGGGCCUGAAGAAGACAUUUUUGGAGAAAAGCCCAGACCUGCAGUCUCUGCGCUACGCUCUUUCACUCUACACACAAGCCACGGACAAACUCAUCCGCAAAUUCGUCCAGUCACAGCACAAUCAGGCCUCGGGUGUGGAUGAUGCUGUGGGAGAGGUGUGCAUGACCGUAGAGAUCCUCAGCGACCCCAACUCUGGAGGACAUAAAAUCAAUGUUAAAGUGGUGGCAGCCAAUGACCUGCGCUGGCAGACUCAGGGCAUAUUCCGGCCCUUCGUGGAGGUCUACAUCAUCGGACCUCACCUCAGCGACAAGAAGAGGAAGUUCGCCACCAAGUCCAAGAACAACAGCUGGUCCCCGAAAUUCGCAGAGUCCUUCCAAUUCGUCCUGGGCAGCGAGCUGGGCCCCGAGGGCUACGAACUGCAGGUGUGUGUGAAGGACUACUGCUUCGCACGAGAGGACCGUACAGUCGGCAUGGCCGUGCUGCAGCUAAAAGACCUGGCAUCACGAGGCGGUGGAGCCUUCUGGUUACCCCUGGGCAAACGUGUGCACAUGGAUGAGACGGGCCUUACCGUGCUGCGAAUCCUCUCACAGCGCAACAAUGACGAGGUGGCCAAAGAGUUCGUCAAGCUCAAAUCGGACCAACGCUCGGCCGAAGAGGGCCGCGGGAGUUAGGAGGCUGGAGAUCUGUCCCCACACUGUACACAUGCACAAGAAAUGGAAAGAUGCACACAUACACACACAAACACAUAAACAUAAACCAAGUGAACAGGAAACAGUCAGUUCAGUAAACACUGACUUGUAUAGAGACUAAUGUGAGUUAGAGAAAUACUGUUGUGCCUCACCAGUGGCAUGACAUAAAUCUCUGCAUAAGCACUAAAGCAAUCAAACCUGAUUCAAGCAAAUAAUGAUGUCAGAGGUGUCGCUCUUUCAUCUUUGCCUUUUUUUGUAAAGGGAACUCUGCUGUGACAUCCUAAACUGCAACAGUAUAGACACAUACACUCCCAAUUUACGCCCAUUCUCCUUUUUGCAUUCUGAAUCUACAGUGGACUUAAGCAUGCUUCAAAGCUUACAUAUAUAUAUUUAAAAAAAACAAAACAAAAAAAACAAUAGUGAUUAACACCAUACAUAUGUCACACAUACGAAUUUUCCUACUUUUUAUCCUUUAUAAAAACAUGCCGAAGCCUUUUUGACCCUAUGUCAUAAAAAAAUGUCACCGUAAGAAGCAUUAGCUGUUAUUCAGUUGUGCAGUGAGCAAAGGCAGCACUACAACGACAUGCUAGUGGUCCAUGCAUGGCUCGAGUCGGCACAUUGCUCCUCCGUACUCUACUCUUACAAGUGUAGACCAGCAUGCUGCUCCUACCUGCUUACUCACGAUGCAUUGCUGCUUACAGGAGCUACAUGAAUUCCGUGUACUCUCUCCCUCACUCAUGUUUUAUAACCAGACAACUGUAAAAAUCCAAAACAUUAUGGGGCUCAAUAUUUACGUGUUGUUUUGGAAACUUAACUUUGCACUUAAGCCUCCGUUGCAUGUUUCUGAGUCCAGUCCCAGUUGCGUGCUUCUAUUCAUCCGUCUGGUCCAGUCAGAACCUUCUGUUUCUGCUGUCCUCUGUUACAUUGUGCAUGAUGAAGCCAAGCCACUUUAACACUGUGACUCUCUCCACAUGCCUGUCUCCGCUGCCGUGCAUUAUGGAGCUUUAGGUUGUUCGAUUUAGUGUGUCCUGUAGUUCCUGGAUAUCCAAACCAAAACUGGUAGUUGGAGUGGUGAAGACUGAAUAUGCUGUUAUAGGACCUCAAAUUCAGAGUAAUGAAAAUCGGGAUCGGGUGAUAUGGCAAAAAUAUCAGACUAUCACGAUAAACUUUAUGACAUUUCACGAUAUUUAGAUUUGCAAAUAAUGUGCUAACUGAAGAGUAGGGACGUGAUUUAAAAAUAGUUCAGUAAUGCUAAGAAAUUAAAAUGGAAAACUUUUUUUUUAAAUAAUUUUUUUUUAUUUUCCAGUCAGCUGCUGUCAAUAACAUUGUUCAAUACUGAUGACAAACAAUACUCUCAGAAAAGCAUACAGUUACAUAAUUGAUCAUAAUAUCGAUAUUUCCCAGUGCGUAUCGACUGAUUAGAGACAUCAGUGAACAUCCAUUACUUAAAGUGGCCCAUAAAAAGAUUUCUCCUUCGAUUUGCCCCCGAAAUAUACAUCGUUUUCUGGUGCAUAAUAAGUUUGAGAUCUGUUCUACAACUUUAAAAACAUGUAUUACAAACUUUCUCCUACUAACUCCUACUAUAACUUUGGCAAAGAUGUCUUUUUAAACAUCUUGGUGCUCUCUGGUGUCAUGUUGCUCAGCCUUUUAAUAACAUAAUAUCCAGAUUCAUUGUUAAAAUCAUCAGCAAACACCAAAACAUUAAUGUAGAUGCCACUGAAGGGAGAAGUCUAUCUAUGUACCACUGGUGGGUAAAUCAUUGCAGGCUAGCAUUAGCAGUAAGGAUUAUGGCAAUUGAUAAACAUGGCUUAAAAAUCCUGUCAGAAAUUGUCAGAUUAAUUCAUGGCUUGCUGUCUAGUGUUAGCUAUUUGGAUUAUGAAGAUUUAUGAAUAUGAAUUUAUGAAUUCUCCCAGAAAUCCACUCAAGUUAACUUCUGAGACAUCCUGUCAGGUUAGCUCAUUUUGGCUAGCCAGCAGGGUUAGCACUGAGAAUUAUGAACAUUUAUGAAUUUCCUCUCGAAUCCUCUCAGAAAUCCUAUCAACGUAUUUUAGCUAUAUUGCUGUAUGAAGAUUACUAACAUUACUGUAUGAAUAUGUCCUUAAAAAUCGGUCGGGUUAGCUGAUGUUGGCUAGCUGGCUAGCAUUAGAUACAGAUAAUGAACAUUUAUGAAUAUGACUUAAAGUCUCUCAGAAAUCCUGUCGAGUUUACUUAUUUUAGCUCGCAAACAGAUUAUUAACAUUAAGAAUACAACUUUAAAAUCCUGUCAGAAAUUCUGUCAGGUUAGCUCACGUUGGCUACCUGGCUCAUAUAUGACCAUUAUUAACAUUAGAAAUAUGACUUUAAAAAUCCUCUGAGAAAAUGUGUCAGGUUAGCUUAUUUUGGCUAACUAGCAGGAUUCGCUAGCUAGCAUUUAUGCAACACUUAUGACUAUCCUCUCAAAUCGUUUAAGAAAUCCUGUCAAGUUAACCUAUUUUAGCUAGUUGGUUAAAAGUUAUACCUUUUAAGACUUUUUUUUAAUUAUUUUUUUAAAUCCCCUUAGAGAUCAUGUCAGGUUAGCUAAACGACCAGCUGUAAAUAUGUCUUAAAAAUCCUGGCUAGCUAGCUAUGGCAAUAAGUAUUUUUUUAACAUUCAUGACUAUCCUCUCAAAUCCUCUCGGAAAUCCUGUUAUCUUAUUCUAGCUAGCUAGGCUAAGCUGGGGUCAUUCCUGUGUUCCCAGGGUCCUAUGUUCCCCAGUUCACAGUUUCUAAAGGUUUACUGUUGUCAGGACUCAUUUUGCCAUGUCCUGGCUCUCACUAACUCAAGCUUUAAAUCACCAUAUUUUCAUUAUGCGCCAUAUAAAUCAUAAAUAAGCUCCCACGGUUAUACAAUUUAAGUUAUAAAUGAUUUCUUCCACUUGGAAGUCUUGUCAGGUUAGCUCAUGUAUGGUAGCCGGCCAUAGUUAUCAAUGAAUAUUAUUAACAAUUAUGACAAUGUUAGCUAUUAGGCUUGUGUUAGCAGUGAAGAUUGAAGUUAACUGGCUAAUGUUAGCAUUGAAGGUUAGCUUGUGCUACCAAAUACCAAAUAGUUUUUCUCCCUAUUUGGAAUACUUAUAUAUUCCUUCUGGGGUCUACAAUCUGCUGACAGCGGUCACUGAUUCCAAGAUUCUUCAGACUUUUUUUUAUUUUAAUGAAUGAAAGAGGGUUUAGUGCCUCUCCAGCAUCUCACGGUCAUUAAUUAGAAUUUAGGGACUUCAGGCUGGAUUGCCCUUUUGUGAAACGUGUCAACAACGUGAAAUACAGUGCAAGAGGUUUACAUUGCAGCUUUCUAAUAGUGUUACUCAAGAGUGUUCAGUGUGGCUGGACCUUUAGUCCAGGAUUCUGCCAAUGAGUUAUGUCACAUUAAGUCUGUACCAGUCAGAUUAUCAACCAACCAGACCUUAUGUCCGUGGCGUGUGGGCACAGUUGAGUUUUGCUAAUGUUGUAAUGUAAUCUAGUGUAAACUUGUCUGUCUUAAUUCUAUAGCAAUACUGAUGACUAAAACAGAACCGUGGGGGGGGGUAAACCUGAAAAACACACACACAGAGACACAUGCACACAAGCCAAAUAGAGUGUCUUAGUCAGGCAUCCAUCCAGGAAGAUGCACAGGCCUGUACAAGCAACAAUACGUGACAAUAAGUUUGUACACCACGUUAGUUUUCAUAAACGAGAUGAGCAUUUAGGAACAGUGGGAAGCACAGAACACAGAUUUAAUUUCAGGUAUGUAAGCGUUUAGCGGCUGUUCCAAUAAACCGAAGUGCAUCAUUAGCGCCGUUCCUGCACUUUUCAUUCACUUAAUGAUCAAUUCCAGAAGUGUUCUUGCCUCUUUGAAGGCUGUAUAUGUGGUCUUACGAGGGAAGACAGUCAGUCGUGGAUAGAUAGCCAUCCAAGUUUGCAGUUUUUACACCUAAACCAUAGUGCAAUUAAACGCAGUCACAGUGGUUAGCUUUAGACUAGAAUAUUAAAUGUUUACAAGGCAGAGUGUUUCAGCACAAAUCGCUCGCACAUACUUUAUGUAAUUACUGUUGGGAAGCAAAUAUCCAAAUGGGUCGAGUUAAUUAGAAGUAGGUCUCUUAUAUAAUUGCAGUGGGCUUUAAUGUCCAAAUCCAAUGCAGCUUUGAAUGUCUGUCACACCGGCCUUCACUCGGGAGAAACGGUUAGACAUGGACAUAGUCAAACAAUAUGACAUGCUUGAAAGUAUAGUUCAGCCAGAAAUGAAAAUGACCCCAAAUUUGCACUGAUCAGCCAAGACUUAUAUGGCGUCUAAAGUUUGCGUUAGUUUUGCACUGAAGCGUUGAGGCUAAUGUUCCUAAUAAGUAAAGGAAGCUACCAGUAGCCACCAGUUUAGUAUCGUACAUACUGCAUUCAACCAGGAUUGUUCAGGAUUUCAUGUGGAUUCUAACAGUUUGACACAUUUAUGUACAAAAAUAUUUCCUGUUACGUUAUCACUUACGUUAUAGCAGCUGUAAAUACUCGUUCUCUCACCAGCCUCUAUUUUUCUCUCUUGUAAAGUGAAUAAAACAAAACAAAAUAAUAUCCCACAGUUUUCCAUUUUACCAAGAAACCAAAAAGCGCAAACUUCUCUGUCCCGAAGACUUACCCAUGGAGGAAAACGUACUGAUCGUUACAAAACUCUGACACUGGAGUUUCCUUCCAUAAACGGUAUAUAAACAUCACCUUAGAGAAAUCUUCACCAAAUCAGCAGUUACAUGCUUCCCUUUGUUAAAGAACACAUGAUAUAAUCAGAUCAUUUGCCUUAGAUUUUGUGGAGCGUCUGCCAUGAAUGAGUUGUUACUAUAGCAACAAUAACGCAUUAGAAUAUAGAUUGUAUGGCUGUAAAAUACAGCGUAUCAGAUGUGCAGAUACGAGAAUUCAACAGCACUGUGAUAUACAUGAUAAUGUUUUCAUACGCUACUAUUUUGGCAAGCGUGUAAUGAUUUAAGCAUACAAUCUGCUCAAUGCUAGACUGGUAGCUAUAAGCUGUCCUUUCUUGUUAGCUACAACAGCCUUCAGUGCAAAACUUAAAAAACAAGCUUCAGGCACCGAAUAUAUUUUGGUUGAUUGACUAAGUCUGAGGUAAGGGAAAUGCUGUGGCAUUAAUGUUUGGUAAAACUAUUCCUCUAACAAAUGCAGAAAUGCCAUCCCCUUGAGGACUCGCACUAAACACACACACACACACACACACACACACACACACACACACAGAAACACGCACUCACAGACCCGCUCAAGCACAAACAGGCAUGAUGAUUACCCCAUAUGCAUGCGUGCAUGCCUGCUGCCGUGCGGUCCACGUGCUGCCCACAUCGUGAACAGAAAUUAAGUGCAUGAAGGGGAAUCGAAUGUUAAUUGUGCCAGCACGUCUUUUUUUUUUUUUUUUUUUUUUUAGUGUUUAUCCUGCCAACUAUCGAACGAUUUAUCUUUAUUUUUUCCUUUGGUGUUCAUAUUUUCAAAUGUAUUUAUUUUUAUCAAAACAAAAAAAGCUUGUGAAUACGUAAAAGUGUCCAAAAAUGAAUGUAGCGUGUACAAGCAUGAGAGGAUGUUUUUAUACCAGGGAUGUUUCUAAUAUUUAUUUUGAAUCAUUAUGAUGGUUUCUAAUCAGAACAGUGAUGGAUUAUUGCAGCAUUGCUUCCUAUUAAAAUAUGAUCACUCAA